GCAAACUUUUCUUUCCUAAUUUCAAUAUAGAAUAAAUAUAAUUUCAGUAUCAAAAUUAAAUCAAAUCCAACCAAACCCUAAAAAAUGUGAAUUUCAUUCCCAAUAUCUCUCCAAUGAAUAAAGAAAACCAAACCAAACCAAACCCUUUCGUCUUCUCUCAACCCCUUUCCUUUUUUCUCUCUCUCUAAUCUCUGCGCCUUUUAUGCCCUAACCCACCAUUGUUGAUUGUCAACACGUUUUCUCGACUGAUAAAGGGGAUCUUUUUUCUUUACACAGCACAACCAGGCCUGGGUAUGUAAGCCUCGUCAUCAGCUAGGGAUUCCAUUAUCCAAUUUCUCCGUAAGACAUUGUUAGGUUUCCAUGGCGAAAGGUACAGAUUCAGAGGAGUUCAUGGUUUUAUCUCAAGUUCGGACGGGUUUGAAGCGAGAGUUUGCCUUUGCUUUGAAGGUUCAGGCAGAGCUUUGUGGGUCUUUGGGUCGAACCCGAUCGAAGAAAGCUGACAAUGAGGGUUUAUAUAAUGCGAGUGGGUCUUUGGGUCGAACUCGGUCGAGGAAAGCUUGCAAUGAGGGUGUAGGUAAUGCAAGUGGGUUUUUGGGUCGAACUCGGUCGACGAAACCUCACAGUGUGGGUUUGGAUAUUGAGAGUGGGAAGAGUUUGAAGGCCUCUACUUCCUUAGAAAUGGAGAAAGUUUCAAAAACAAGCAAUAAAGGAGUUAAAAUGAGGAUUGCAGAUCCUUUAAGUGAGGAGGAGGCUAAGAGCGAUGUGGUUGAUAAUGUGGGCGAUGAGGAGCUUAAGAUCGAUGCUUCUGAGUUGGUGGCAGGGGUGCACAAGGCCAAACGUUGUCGUUUGGUUGAAACAAAGGCGGGUGAUGAAAUAGAAGAUAAAAUGGUUUUAGUUAUGGAGGGGAAGCCCAUGGAGGAGGAUACAGAGAAAAUCACUUCCAAAAAGCCUUUAGAAGAAGUAAUAUGUGAAGAUAAGCAUGUGAAGGAGCAAGUGGAGGGAAUGGAACCGAAAAUGUUUUCCGAUGACGAGUGUAGUUUCAAAGAUAAAUCAUUGUCCGUUGAAGUCAAGCCAUUGGAGGAUCAAACAGGAGGAUUUGAUCUCCCAAAAUCAUUAUUGCAUGAAGCAGCGAAGGAAGUGGUGGUUGAGAAGUCAAAGCCAAAGCCACUAAGGCGGUUUACUCGAUCUGCUUUAAAGUUAAAGCAGGAAAUUGUUCAGGAAGUAGUACCUGAAGUGGAAUCAUUGCACAAUGAUAAUUCCAUAGAGGGUCAAAUGGAAAAAUGCAAGCCCAAAAAGUCAUCACUAGACAAUUCAAUAUGUGAAAAUAAGCUUGUGGUGGAGCAAACAAAGAAAAUUGAUUCCCCAAAGGCUUUAGGUGAUGAACCUAUGUGCGUGGAUGAGUCCACAAAUGAUCAAGGAGAGAAAUUUGAUCCUCAAAAGUCUUUAGGAGAUGAACCUAUGUGUGAAGACAUUUCCACAAAUGAGCAAGGAGAGAACGUUGAUCCUCAAAAGCCUUUAGUAGAUGAAACCAUGCAUGGAGAUAAGUCUUUAGAAGAGCAAACAGAGAAAAUUGACGCACCAAAGCCUUUAGUAGAUGAACCCAUGUCUAAUGAUAAGUAUACACAGGAGCAAAUUGAUCACCAGAAGCUGUUAGUGGAUGGAAUCUUACAUGAAGAUAUGCCCUUGGAGGAACAAGCAGAGAAUAUUGAUCUCCCAAAGCCUUUAGGAGAUAAAUCCAUUGAGGAGCAUGGGGAGAAAAUUGAUUUUCCAUUGCUUUCAUUGGAUCGAACCUUAUAUGAAGAUAAUUCCUUGGAAGAACAAGCAAAGCAAAUUGAUACCACAAAGCAUUUGGUUGAUGAUCAAGCGUCAGUUUUGAUUAAAUGCGAACACAAGGCAAGCAACGUUGUGCUUGAGACACCACCAAGGCGGUUUACUCGGUCAGCCUUGAAGCCAAAGUCAGAGAUGCCAGGUGUGGUGAAGGAAGCAGCAGCAAAAGAAGAUGCAAGUGAGAAAGAUGUUAACAUGAGUAGCUUAAUUGUGACAUCCACAACAAAGCUGGAUACAUACAAUACAGUGAAGAAGUUUCCUGCCAAAUUAAAAGACCUUCUUGAUACAGGAAUUCUCGAGGGACAGUCGGUUAGGUACAUGAGAGGCCAAAAGGUAAAAGGACCUCAAGAUUCUGGACUUCGAGGAGUGAUCAAAGGGUCUGGAAUAGCAUGUCAUUGUGAUAUUUGCAAAGGAAAGGAAGUUGUUACUCCUACUGUUUUUGAGCUGCAUGCUGCUAGCUUAAAUAAACGUCCACCAGAGUAUAUAUACUUGGACAAUGGGAACACCCUUCGUGAUGUCAUGAAAGCAUGCCAAAAUUCUUCGCUGGUCAGUUUGGAAGAAGCAGUCAAAAUGGCCAUUGGUUGUUCUUCUAUUGUUAAGUGUAACAUCUGUAUGAAUUGCAAAGGAUCUAUUCCCAAAGACACCAAUCGAAAAACAUCGCUACUUUGUAAUUCAUGUAUCACAUUGAAAGAAUCUCAAUCUAACAGGGUUGAAAGUGCUGACAACAAUGAAGAAUAUUUCAGGUCACCAAAACCAGUCUUUUCUCCGAAGAGUACUAGUAGUUUGUCUAAGAACAAUAACUCAUCACAAAGUAAGAGUCGAGGAAGAAUAACACGAAAGGAUCUUCGGCUGCAUAAAUUGGUAUUCGAGGAAGAUAUUUUGCCAGAUGGAACUGAAGUAGCAUAUUAUGCUCGUGGACAGAAAUUAUUGGUGGGUUAUAAAAAGGGCUAUGGAAUCAUAUGCAGUUGUUGCAAUUCUGAGGUCAGUGCCUCCCAGUUUGAAGCUCAUGCUGGUUGGGCAUCACGCCGAAAGCCCUACUUGCACAUAUACACAUCUAAUGGAGUGUCUCUCCACGAAUUGUCAUUGUCAAUAUCAAAGAAUCGGAAAUUCUCUACCUAUGAUAAUGAUGAUCUCUGCUAUGUCUGUCAUGAUGGAGGAAAUCUUUUGUGCUGUGAUGGAUGUCCAAGGGCUUUUCAUGGACAAUGUAUUAAUCAACCUAUAGUUCCUAGUGGCACUUGGUAUUGCAAAAUAUGCCAAAAUCAACAAGUAAAUGACAAGUCUGUGGAGCGUAAUGUCAAUGCCCUUGCAGCUGGAAGGGUCCCAGGUGUUGAUCCUAUACAGCAAAUUGCCAACCGCUGCAUCCGCAUAAUCAAUACUGAAGAAAUUGAUUUUGGUGGAUGUGCACUAUGCAGAGAUCACGAUUUUAGUAAAUCAGAUUUUGGUCCGCGCACUGUACUAUUUUGUGACCAGUGCGAAAGAGAAUUUCAUGUUGGCUGUUUGAAAGAGCAUGGAAUGCAAGAUCUUAAGGAAUUGCCGAUCGGGGCAUGGUUCUGUUGCAGAGAUUGUCAGAGGAUUCAUUCGGCUUUGCAAAAAUUGCUAGCUAGUGGAGAAGAGAAGCUCCCGGAGUCUCUUAUCAAUGUUAUUAACAAGAAGCAGAACAAGGAAGGCUCAGAGAGUCGGACCGAACUUGAUAUUAAAUGGAGGAUACUUAAUGGGAAAAAAAUGGCUUCUAAUGAUGAAGCUGUCUUAUUGCUUUCCAAGGCCGUUGCCAUUUUCCAUGAUUCUUUUGCUCCAAUAACUUAUUCUUCUACAAAUCAUGAUCUAAUCCCAGCAAUGCUCUAUGGAAAAACCAGCAUGGGCCAAGAUUUUAGUCGCAUGUACUGUGCAAUUUUGACAGUCAACCAAUGCGUUGUCUCGGCUGGAAUAUUCCGCAUCUAUGGAUCAGAUGUGGCGGAGCUUCCUUUGGUGGCUACGAGAGCUGAAUGCCAAGGACAGGGUUACUUCCAAACCUUGUUUUCAUGUUUCGAGAGAUUUCUCGCUUUCUUGAACGUGAAGAAUCUUGUGCUACCAGCUGCUGACGAGGCAGUAUCGAUUUGGACCAAAAAGUUUGGUUUCAGCAAGUUACCACAAGACGAGCUAAACAAGUUCAAGAGACAAUACCAGAUGAUGAUCUUUCAAGGGACACCGGUGCUUAGGAAGGUGGUUCCCAAGUGCAGAAUCGUUGGGAGAUAAGAUUGGUAGGUAGCUGGAUGUAUUUUUUCAGCGAAAUUUUGGGACGGAAAAGCGGGCAUUUUGCCGAGCCUUUUCCUUCAGAUGUACAGGGUCGUUUUUCUAGUUAUUUUGGUGUACAUGAGAGCAAACAGUAUACUAGAAAUUCUUCAAGAUAUGGUGGGUGGUUCCUUUUUAGGGUUUAUAAAAAAAAAAACAUAUGAUCCAAUUAUGAAUAUGAUAGAACUAGGAAAAGGAAUACGGAUGGGUGGGAUGGAGGGAAUGGGAAUGAUGACCUUUAAUUUUUGUUCUUUUUGUAUUAUAGUUUGAUCCAAACCUAAAAUGGGAAAUUCAUUCUUGUUUAUUUCUUCCAUUUUAUGACUCUGUCAAAAUUUAAUAUCUUUUGGAAGGCCUCCCAAUUUUGAUUGUAUUUGUUUGUUCCUUUGUUCUUGGAUCUUUUGAGGAGAAAGCUCAAAUUUUGAUUAAUGGAACGAGGCUUGGAGGAUUUCUUUUGCUGUACUCAAA